GUAUUGCUAGUGAGUUCGACCUACCCGUGUAUUUUUUUUAAUCUCGCGGUGAUGAACGACUACGAUUUACGCGACCGGUUUGAGGAAUUACCAAAGAAGUGCAUGGUUCUCUUUGAGGAGAUUGACACGGCUGGGAUCUCCAACCGCACGACCUCCACCGACACGGAUUUUGAAGAAGACGAGUCGGAAGAUAGUGACUCGGAAACUGAAGAUGAUGAAGAGAUAGACGCUGAAAACAGCUUCACGGAUCGGGGAGGUCGAGGAGGCCGUGGAGGAAUGAGAGGCCGAGGAGGAAUGAGAGGUCGGGGAGGUAGAAGCGGUCGGGGAGGUAGAAGCGGUCGGGGAGGUAUGGGAGGUCGAGGGGAUAGGGAAAGCCAAGGAGACAAGAAAGACCAGAGCAAGAAGGGAGGUCAAAAACCUUCCUCAAAAGUGACUCUGGGUGGCUUACUCAACGUAAUCGACGGCCCAGGUGCCAAAGAAGGCCGCUUGGUCGUAUUUACGACAAACUCUCCCAACUCUCUUGACAAAGCCCUCAUUCGUCCCGGCCGCAUAGAUAAAAUCAUCUAUUUGGGUUACAGCACCAAGCUUGUGGCAUCAAUCACCUUUACGCGCGUUUUCGGCACUGACCCACGACUCCAAGGCAGGACCACAAAGCAGCAGAUUGGUCGCCUGGCAAAGCAGUUUGGAGAAUUAGUUCCCAAUAAGCUCUUUACGCCGAGCGAGGUUCAAAUGUUUUGCACGAGCCACCGCGGAAAGCCCGAGAAGGCGAUCGACGAUGUGCCACAAUGGGUAAAGGAAAAGGUGGAAGGCGGCCGGAAAUUUGAGUACGAUAUUACUCAAAAGGGGUCGGGCAAAGUAGAGGUCGAGCAGGACGACAACGGAGAGCUGAGCGGCUACUUCUCGAAGCUGGAACAGGAUGAAGCUGCGCAAGAGGUUUCGACGUCGGACGCUGCCGGAACAGAGCUCGAGCUGAAUGACGAGACUGCGGAGCUGGAAGGGUCCCAGCAAGAGGUGCUGCAGUACUUGGGCCCUCCUUAUGGACCCAUCCCCGAUGUUCUGGUCGUGGAACAUGGAGACUUGGAUAUUCCAGAAGUCGUGCUGCCACCCGACCUGGAGUACGCAGCCUGGUCCGGGUCUUUGUUUGCUUAGUCGGGGUUUUGGGCAGCGCAAAGUCUCCGGCUAUAGGGGUAGCCGCUUAAUUGAAUGGCGAGAGGGCCAGGAACGCGAUCGAGGGUUGC